ACCGAGGUAACCAACAACACGAUGCUGACCGUAAUCCAGCUGAUAUUUUUAGUUUUUCUGACAAACUCAAUCCGUGCUGAGAAGCUUUUCCAUAACCGGGAUCAUUCUGAUGUGCAGAUUCCUACAUCUCACCAGGCUCCUUUAUUUCUCUCUAGAUAUGGAUUUAUCCAACCAGCUCACCAGGAGGAGAUCCAGGUGCAUGAGUCUAUCCAAGAGGAUUUCUUGGACGACCUUCAAGCCACAAUCCUGGAGGGAGCCUCUGUACUUCAUUCACGGGACGGGCCUAAAACCAGUCAUGGAGAAGUGCAUAAAAGCGGAACUGAGAAUCAAGUGUUUGUUUCAGCACUAAAAGAGUUUCAGAUGGUAUCUGGGCUUCCUGUUACAGGAGUGUUUGAUGAUGCUACCAAGGACGCAAUGAAUAAACCAAGGUGUGGGGUCCCUGAUAAGGAGAUGGACCUAAACCCCAAUGAUGCAGCUGAGAGCAUUGAGGACUUAGAAUUAGAAAUCAAUGAAAGUUUUAAUGAGACUGAAAGUAACAGCACUGACAUCAGCAGCAUCGGCAGCUCCUCAAACUCCACUGAAGAUGACAUAUUACAGUUUAAUGAUACUGAGAGCCUCCUGCUGACUACUUUAAAUGAUACACACAUUAAUAACAGUGAGAAUGGUCCAACUGGAAACAGCACUUGGAACUUAAACCAAAGCCAACAAAUGAAGGACAAAAAGCGCCAACUUGCAUUUCUCAUGUCAAAAAGAAGGCAAAAAAGGGAUGUGACGGCAGCUGGGUACAUGGCGUUUUCUAAGGAUGUUCUGAGGUGGCGUUUAAUUGGAGAAGGCUACAGCAGCCAGCUGACCAUCGAGGAGCAGAGGUACAUCCUCAGGCUGGCCUUCAGAAUGUGGAGUGAAGUGUCUCCACUGGAAUUUGUAGAAGACACUUGGUCCCCAUUGGAGGAAGUUGAUAUAAAGCUGGGCUUUGGCACAGGAAGACAUUUGGGAUGCAAUCAAAGGUUUGAUGGCACUGGUCAGGAGUUUGCCCAUGCCUGGUUCCUAGGAGAUAUCCAUUUCGAUGAUGAUGAACAUUUCACUGGUCCCAGUUCUCACUCUGGUAUCAGCCUCCUUAAAGUAGCAGUUCAUGAGAUUGGUCAUGUUUUGGGGCUUCCCCAUAUCUACAGGCCUGGAUCCAUAAUGCAGCCCAGUUAUCUACCUCAUGAGUCCAGCUUUGAGAUGGACUGGAUGGACAGGAAAGCUAUUCAGCAUCUAUAUGGUGGCUGUAAAGGUCGGUUCAGCACUGUCUUUGACUGGAUCAGAAAAGAGAAGAGGCCUAAUGGAGCAGUAAUUAUUCGCUUCAACACAUACUUCAUGAGAGAUGGCUGGUACUGGCUGUAUGAGAACAGAAACAACAGAACACGUUACGGGGACCCAGUCCCAAUGCAGACUGGCUGGCAUGGGAUUCCUAGUGAUGGAGUAGAUGCAUACGUCCACGUGUGGUCCAGAACAAGAGAUUCUGUUUAUUUCUUCAAAGGUUUUCAGUUUUGGAGAUAUGAUGAUGAGAACGACCGGGUAUUUAGACAGGACCCUGAAGGUCACCAGUAUCCGAGGUUAAUCUCUGAGGGAUUCCCAGGAAUUCCCUGUCCCAUUGACACAGCCUUUUAUGACCGGAGGGACUCCCGCAUCUACUUUUUCAGAAGAACUCAAGUCUAUGCAUUCAGCGUGGAAACAAACAGCCUGGCAAGAGGCUUCCCCAAACACAUCCGAGAUGUUUUCCCUCCAGUGGAGAGCAGGGACCAUCCAGAUGGCAGCAUCGAUGCUGCCUACUUCUCCUACUCCCACAAUGCCCUCUUUCUACUCAAGGGCACUCGCUUCUGGCGAGUGGUGGGCAGUCGCGAUCGCUGGCGCCGGCCUUUUCUGCCACGGAACGGCUUGAUGCCACACAAGGAGGUGGAUCAGCAGUGGUUUGACAUCUGCGACGUUCAUCCCACCGCUCUGAAACUAAGCCGCUGAUGCUGAUGGGGGCGGCAGCAGAGAUGAAACACUUCUACUCAUGUUUACAGAUGGAUUCUGCAGAUCUACCUUCUAGGGAUGUUAUUUUCUGUGUGUCUUUGUGUGUGUGUGUGUGUGAUGGUGGCAUUUUAAUCUUUCUAAAAGACAAAAACAACUCUGUUGGCUUGUUUUUACACAAGUGCUAGAAGUUUAUGAAAAAGCUACUAUUUAUUUCUCUUUUAUUCCUAUACAGAGGAGUGAGAGCCUGGAGGGUUUUCAUGUUUGCACAAAUGG